AACGGAAACAUGCUUUUUUUAUUUGUGCAGACGAUUGUUCAUAUCAGGCACCAAACUCGCCAGUAGGACAUGAUCGCGAGUAGGUCGGACAGUACUCUUUGCUUAGUAUAUAUAUCAAUGCGGUUGACCUAUAUCUCCAAUCUCAUGAUCAGUAUACACAGCACUACGUCACAGGGCUCAGGGACAAGAGGAAUCAUGUGGAGUUGUCAGGCUUUAAUUCUGCUCUGUGGUUUGUUCCCUAACUUCAUCAUCGCUGUGAGAGCAGCCGAAGCUACAGGGGGAAUAAAAUGUUUUAUAUGUGAUGCCGCCGAGUCUCCCGAUCAGUGUACUCAGCUGGUAUACUGUGGCCCGGAUGAGCUCUGCUAUCUGGAGCACUACGUGAGGAGAGCAGAUGUCAAAAAAUUAUACAGAGGCGGAUGUCGAAGUAAAUCGGUGUGUCAUCUACAAACCUGUUUAUCAAACCAGGCGGUUGGUGCACCUUUUGGAAAACGAGACGAAUCAGCAGGAACAAUUUGUUCGGAGUGUUGCAACAGGCAGCUCUGUAACCUUAAGUUGUGCCAUUUCGACAGUAGCAGUGAGGACGACCCGAAUAGAGCUCUCCGCUGUUACAAAUGUAAUGAAGUUCUUCGACCAGAAGAUUGCGCCAAUGCCGAGUUUUGCGCUGCGAACGAACAAUGCAGAAUAGAGGUGUACUUUUCUAACAUCCACCAAGCCGUUCGAUAUAGAAGUGACUGCUUCAGGCGUGCGGAAUGUAAUGCGACGCAGACACAUAAAGUUUCUGCGCCACUAACUGGACGGCGUGAGACGCGGGAACAGGAGCACACUAACUUACAGCUAUUGUCGGAAUGCUGCGACUCAACUAUGUGCAACAACUACGAUCCAUUUAAUAAGACCGCACAUGACUUUACUGGGAAAUACGUUCCCAUUGAUACUAACUGUCCUACCAGACCAGCCACAACUGUCAUUCCAACAACAAUUACAACCACGCCCACAACAGCGACCACGACCACGCCCACAACUACAACCAUCCCAACAACAACGACCACGACCACGCCCACAACAACAACCGUCCUAACAACAACGGCCACGACCACGCCCACACCUACGACUAUACCAACAACUCCCAGACCCACCACUCCUUCCUCCUGCUAUGUGUGUAAUGGCCCUCCGUUUCUGUGUGAGACGCGCGUGAAACAGCAGCAGUGUAGUACUGUGGACGAGCAGUUCUGUCUCAACAGGUUCAUCAACAACGACGACGGCACGCGAUCAGUAUUUAGAAGCUGUGGUACAGAGGAUGAAUGUAAGGUACAGUGGCUGGCCGGAACCUCUGACCGACACGAGUGUACAGACUACGACACAACACAGCUCCAUCUGUACGCCUUUGAAUGCACGUUCUGCUGCACUUCAGCCAACUGCAACAGGAACCUGAUACCGGCAAAAGCCGACUUUUAUGUCGGGAAUAAACACGGAUGACGUAAUUGUUCCGGCGAACGCCUACUUAUCACUGUUGAAAUUUGAUUGUAUCUGAGUUGUAUUGGAAAAUAAAUAAGAUAUAUUAUG